AUGGAGGACAUUGCCCCCGAAUACGAUGUUGUUGUGCUUGGCACAGGUCUCACCGAGUGUGUGCUCUCAGGUGUACUGAGUGUCAAGGGCAAGAAGGUCCUGCACAUCGACCGUAACGAUCACUACGGCGGUGAGGCCGCGUCUAUCAAUAUCGAAGCCCUCUUCAAGAAGUACGGCAACGACAACGGCAGCGAGCCAUGGAAGAAGUACGGCCGCCCCAACGACUGGAACAUCGACCUUGUUCCCAAACUCCUCAUGUCCAAUGGAGAACUCACAAACAUCCUCGUCUCGACCGACGUCACCAGAUACCUCGAGUUCAAGCAGAUUGCCGGCAGUUACGUUCAGACUGGCUCUGGCAACAAGGCCAACGUCGCAAAGGUCCCCUCGGAUGCCUCGGAGGCUCUCCGCAGCCCUCUGAUGGGUCUGUUUGAGAAGAGAAGAGCAAAGAAGUUCCUGGAGUUUGUUAGCGCAUACAAGGAGGAGGACCCCGCUACUCACAACGGCAUGAACCUGAACCAAGUUACUAUGAAGGAGGUCUACGACAAGUUCGGUCUGGAGGCUUCAACGAGGGAUUUGGUCGGCCAUAGCAUGGCUCUGUUCACGACCGACGAAUACAUCAACCAGAAGGGCGCUGUCAAGGACGCCAUUGAACGCAUCAGACUUUACGCAAACUCGAUGGCAAGAUACGGAAAGUCGCCUUACAUUUACCCCCUGUACGGUCUGGGUGAACUUCCCCAGGGUUUCGCUCGUCUCAGUGCCAUCUACGGAGGUACCUACAUGCUCAACACCGAUGUUGACGAGGUUCUUUACGAGAACGGCAAGGCUGUUGGUAUCAAGGCAACCAUGAAGGAGCGCGAUCAAGAGGGCGAGGGCAUGACCUUCACAACAAAGUGCAGCAAGAUUCUGGCAGACCCCUCAUACUUCCCCAGCAAGGUCAAGCCCAUCGGCCACCUUCUGAAGGCCAUUUGCAUCUUGAACCACCCGAUUGAGAAGACGGACAACUCAGACUCUGUCCAACUCAUCAUUCCUCAGUCCCAGAUUGGCAGAAAGCACGACGUAUAUGUCGCCAUGGUUUCAUGGGCACACAAUGUUGCACCCAAGGGCUACUACAUCGCCAUCGUCUCCACCAUCGCCGAGGGCAACAGCAACCACCACCUCGAGCUGCAAGCCGGAUUUGACCGCCUCGGCAAGAUCGAGGAGAAGUUCAUGGGCCCCCCUAUCCCCAUCUACGAGCCCCUCGAGAGCGGAAACAACGACAACAUCUUCAUUUCAAGAUCUUACGAUGCCACCAGUCACUUUGAGACCACCACAGACGAUAUCCGCGAUGUGUACAGAAGAGCAGAGGGCCACGAGUUGGUGGUUGAAGGUCUGCGUGAGGGUCAGAACCUUGUGGCUGAAGAGUAA